AUGCAGCCAACGAGGUUAGCGAUGGCGGCCACCCGCGGCCAGAAGCCCAACAUCACCGGCUUCGACAUGAGAGCCUUCAAGGAGGCGGCCGGCCAGCCCAGAUACGACCCUUGGGAGAGAGCAGAGUCCUGGAGAUACAAGGGCCCCUUCACGCGAUUCAACCGGUUCAAGGGAUCCUUCCCCGGCCUCGGCAUCGCGACCGUCGCCUUUGCGGGCUACUGCGCCUACGAGUACUUCUUCUUGACCGACGACCACCACCACGGCGACGCCCACGGAAAGGACCACCACUAG